AUGGCGGGUCAGCAGCAGCCGACGGCGGCGGCGUAUUCGCGGAAACAGAUCACCGACAGCAUGGCCUUCACCGACGAGAUCCUGGCGGAGCUCGACGGCGGCGACGCCGACGCCGUCGGGUCCCGUGCCGCGGAACUCCUCCGUGGCCACCCCGACGUGCUCCGCAGGUUCACCGCGCAUGUCCACGCGGACGCCCCCGCGGAAGAAGGCCUCGCCUUGACGAGGCCGCGCCGCAGCAGCCACAGCCGCAGGAGGAGCGAAAGGGACACCCACCAGACCCCCGCGGCGGCGGCGGCUCCACCGGAAGCGCCGCCAAACGUCGCCGCAGCAGCACGAAACCACCAUGGGGUCGACCGCGGCCUCCGGUUGGCCGACGCCGCCCGGGCGUUAACGUUCGUCAAGCGCGUGCACGAAACGUUGGUCCAUGGCAGGUUCCUCGCCGUGCUGUCCGAGGCGCAAGGCAGCGAGGACAUGUUCGCCGACGAGAUCUACGACAGGGCCAAGCGAGCGUUCGGCCCGGCGCACGUCGGCCUGCUCCACGCGUUCGCCACCGUGUGGCUCCCGGGGGAGGAGGAGUGGAAGCUGCAGCAAGCGCGUGGACCGGCGCCGGCACGGCAGCGCAGUCGCGAGGUGGCGGCCUCCGCCUCGCACGCCGGCAUGCCCGAUGCUAACAAGAAGCCUCGCGCCGACGACGAUGGCAACAACGGCCGACGACACGACCCUGCUGCCAUUGCCCCCCGACAGCAGCGCAACUGCGCGGCGGGGGCCUCCUCGCACGCCGCGGCCGCCGGCAUACCCGAUGCUAAGAAGCCUCGCGCCGACGAUGGCAACUACGGCCGGCAACACGACCAUGUCAUCGCCGUGCUGGAGGUGAGAAACGUCAAGAAGCGCCGCAGCGACGACGAUGGCACCGGCCGCGGACUCCACGCGCUCCACCGCAUCGGUGAAAGCUCAGGCGGCGGAGCAGCGAAGCGGGGCCGUGACUACGACUACGACUACGCGCCGCAGUCCAGAGCCAAGAAGCACCACAGUGGCAACGGCGAGUUCUCGGGCAGCGCGCCCGCGGCGCAGAAGCCACCACGCCGGCGCGCCGCCAGCGGAGGUAAAAGCUCCAGCGCGGGGGCGGCGGCGGUGGCAAAGCAGCAGCCGGAGCAGGACGACGAGGUCCGGCGGUUCCGGCAGGAGUGGGAGUUCCAGACCUACUACUCGGAGCUGGUGGCCACGAGCGAUCGUGUCACGGAGCUGCUGUGUCCUAGUCGUACUCGUACCACCCCGCAUGGCGGUGGCGGCGGCGGCGGCGGCAACCGUUCGCUGGAGGCGCUGUUCCCUCUCCCCGAGUGCCGGGAGUUCCUCCACAACUACUACGGCGACCGUUGGGGCGAGAUGAGGGCGGUGCUGGAGCGCGGCGAGAGCCGCGUCCCGGCGCUCGAGGCGAUAGAGCGCAGGCUGAGGACGAAGGAAGAGCAGGCCGUCGCCGAGGAAUCGCCAUGGACUACACGCUGGACGAGGAGUACCGGCAGCACCACGGCGGCGGUGCAUGAACGGCACGAGGAGUCCCUUUUGUUUGUCAAAUCUCAAGCUUGA